GUGGUCAUAAUGCUGGAAGGUGGCCAUGCUGAUGGAGAAGUCACAUACGAUGGAAGAUCUCUCAUCAUUAAUGGGCAGAGACAAAUUCUACUUUUGGGUUCAAUUCACUAUCCUCGUAGCACUCCUCAUCUGAUGUGGCCAUCUUUGAUAGCUAAAGCCAAGGAAGGAGGAUUGGAUGUUAUUCAAACCUAUGUGUUUUGGAACCUUCACGAACCCAAUCCUGGCCAGUAUGUUUUCAGUGGAAAUUAUGAUCUGGUGCAAUUCAUAAAGGAAAUCCAAAAGCAAGGGUUGUAUGUUUCUCUUAGGAUUGGGCCUUUCAUUGAGAGUGAAUGGAAUUAUGGCGGGUUUCCGUUUUGGUUGCAUGAUGUCCCUGGCCUUGUUUAUCGAUCAAACAAUGAGCCAUAUAAGUUCUACAUGCAAAAUUUUACCACACAAAUAGUGAACUUGAUGAAGUCAGAGGGUUUAUAUGUCUCGCAAGGAGGUCCCAUCAUUCUGUCACAGAAUGAGAAUGAAUAUCAAAACGUUGAACUAGCAUUCCACGAAAAAGGACCCCCUUAUGUUCUUUGGGCAGCUAACAUGGCGGUUGGGCUCCAAACAGGUGUGCCAUGGAUCAUGUGCAAGCAACAAGAUGCUCCUGAUCCAGUGGUCAAUGCAUGCAACGGGUUGAGAAGUGGAGAAACUUUUGCAGGACCCAAUUCACCAAACAAGCCAUCAUUAUGGACAGAAAAUUGGACAUCUAACUAUCAAGUAUAUGGUAAGGGGCCAAUCAUAAGGUCUGCCAAAGACAUUGCAUUUCAUGUAGCAUUUUUUAUUGCAAGAAAUGGAAGUUUUGUAAAUUAUUACAUGUACCAUGGUGGAACAAAUUUUGGGAGAACAGGCUCUUCAUAUGUCAUAACAGCUUAUUAUAAUCAAGCUCCUCUUGAUGAAUAUGGACUAAUAAGGCAACCAAAGUGGGGGCAUCUUAAGGAGUUGCAUGCUACAAUUAAACUGUGCUCUACAACUUUGCUACAAGGAACACAAACAAAAUUUCCUUUAGGUACACAACAAGAGGCCAUUGUUUUCGAAGAAAAUACUGGAGGCUGUGCAGCAUUUUUGAUAAACAAUGAUACACAUAAUAAUGCUAUUGUCCAAUUUCGAAAUAUUUCAUUCCAAUUGUUUCCAAAGUCGAUCAGUAUUCUACCAGACUGUAAAAUAGUAGCUUUCAAUACGACAACGGUGAACAUAAAGUUUAAUAACAGGAUCAUGACACCAGAACAAAUUUUUGAUUCAGCUAAUAGCUGGAAAGAAUUCAACGAUGUCAUCGUCAACUUCGGAGAUCCAUCACUAAAAUCAAAUAGAUUGCUUGAGCAAACAAGUACAACCAAAGACAAAUCUGAUUAUCUUUGGUAUACUCUUAGCUUUCAACCCAAUUCGCCUUGCACUAAUCCAAUACUUCAUGUUGAAUCUAGCGCACAUGUUGCACGUGCAUUUUUGAACAACAUAUUUGUAGGCUCUGCAAAUGGAAGAUUUAGGGAGGGCUUCAAGUUGGAUAUUCCAAUUCAGUUAAAUAAUGGAAUGAAUAAUAUUUCUAUACUCAGCGUUAUGGUUGGGCUACAGGAUGGAGGAGCUUUUCCUGAAAGAAACUUGUUUGGCUUAGCAACAGUGACAAUUCAAUGCACCGAAACAGUGUAUGAUUUAACUAACAAAGGAUGGGGAUAUAAGGUUGGACUACUUGGAGAGGACUUGAAAAUAUAUGAAGAAGAAAAUUUGGGAAAUGUAGUGCGGAAUAAUGGAAUUUCCCCCAAUCAAAGAUUUACUUGGUACAAGACACUUUUUGAUGCACCUAUGGGAAAUGACCCCGUAGCCUUAAACCUUAGUUCGAUGGGGAAAGGUGAAGCUUGGGUUAAUGGACAAAGCAUUGGUCGCUAUUGGAGUUCUUACCAUGAUGACAAAGGCAAUCCAUCACAAAUAAUGUAUCAUGUGCCCCGAUCGUUCCUCAAACCUUCUGGAAAUCUUUUAGUUUUGCUUGAAGAAGCUGUUGGCAAUCCUCUUCAGAUUUCCUUAAACAUCGUGUCAAUCACCGACGCAUAG